CCACCACGAACGAAUACGGUUAGCAAACGUGACAUCAAACUAGCGAGGUAAAUGUCAACCGAAGACAUAUACAGCAGUUGUAUGAGAAGAUUUUGACGGAGCGACAUGCUGUGACUGAUCGGUGUCCUCCAGUAGCAGCAACAAUGUUGCCCUCAACCAGCACCUUGGUCCGGUCUGCUGCCAAGCUGCUGCCGCGGAGAAAUUGGAGUCGAGGAUGCGUCUGGUGCCCGUGCAGAAACAUCUCUGUGAAACCAGGAGGGUUGAAACCAAAGACGGUUCCAGCUCGGUACCUGGGCCAGCCCAGCCCUUACACUCAUCCACACCUCAUCAAACAUGGUGAGGUGACUCCAGGCUUGAGCCAGACAGAAUACGAGCUCCGCAGACACCGGCUGGCCUCACUUAUCGAGGCCCAGUCAGACAGGCUGGGACCCUCUGCCUCCUCUAGCACCCAUGUGGUCAUCGUGUUGUCCCAUCCGACCCGCUACAUGACCAAUGACAUCCCUUAUCCCUUCCACCAGAACCAGGAUUUUCUCUACCUCAGUGGCAUCCUAGAGCCUGACAGUGCUCUGGUUCUUUAUGGGAAAGGACGACCAGACCAGGCCAUCUUGUUUGUCCCCCGCAGAGACCCGGGGAGAGAGCUGUGGGACGGGCCCCGUUCAGGGAAGGAUGGGGCGGCUGCUUUGACCGGCAUAGAGAGAGUUCAUAGCACAGAAGAACUAGGUGUUGUGCUCAAGAGCCUUAAAGGCACUGUGCUGUGGUACGACAGUUCCCAGCCCACCCACCCUCGGCUCCACCAGACUCAUGUGGGCCCCCUGCUGGAGGCGGGGUCGAUGCCGCACUCUCUCAGGCCCCUCGUACACUCUCUUAGGGCCAUCAAGAGCUCAGCAGAGGUAGCGCUCAUGCAAGAAGCGGGUCACAUCACAGCACAGGCUUUUAGGAGGACGAUGGCUCUGUCUCAAGGAGACGUGGAUGAAGCUGUGCUCUUUGCUAAGUUUGAUUUUGAGAAUCGGAUCCAUGGCGCCAACUUCCUGGCCUAUCCCCCUGUUGUUGCUGGUGGGAAUCGAGCCAAUACUCUGCACUACAUAAACAACAACCAGAUUAUCAAGGAUGGUGAAAUGGUGCUGCUUGAUGGUGGUUGUGAAUACUUUGGUUACGUCAGUGAUAUCACUCGAACAUGGCCAGUGAAUGGAAAGUUCAGUCCUGCCCAGGCGGAGCUGUACGAGGCCGUCCUGGAGGUCCAGCGCUCCUGUUUGUCUCUGUGCUCAGCGGGCGUCAGCCUGGAUCACAUCUACAGCACCAUGCUGGCUCUGUUGGGACGACAGCUCAGGCGGCUAGGCAUCGUCAAGGCUAGCACCAGCGACGCUGAUGUAUUAAAGGCUGCACGACGGUACUGCCCCCACCACGUUGGCCAUUACCUGGGCAUGGACGUCCACGACACUCCUGAGCUGUCCCGCUCACAACCUCUACAGCCAGGAAUGGCCAUCACUAUCGAACCAGGGUUGUACAUCUGUGAGGACAAUGACCAGGUGCCAGAGCGCUUUCGCGGCCUGGGCGUCAGGAUUGAGGAUGAUGUGGUGAUCCAAGACAAGGGAGGCCCUCUGAUCCUGUCCUCUGACGCACCCAAGACCAUCGCUGAUGUAGAGAAGGCUUGUGCCCAGAGAUAAGGACAGGGAGAGGCAGACAAGUGACCAAGUGAGCCACGGGCAUCGAUGGCAGGCAGUGUGCUGCUCUUUUUCAACCGUCUCCACGGUGAUGACAUGGUCAAGCUCAGGGCCCAUGCAGUGAAAGGUGGGAGCACACAGCGACUUGCAACAAGGCCUCAAAAUGUAGAAAUCUGGCAAGAUCGUUGAUUUUUGUUGUCUACCUAAAUGUUUCAAGAAACCGGUUUCAUGUUUGUGAAUGAUUAUGAAGAGCUCAUCAACAGUAAAGCGUGGAUUUAGUUGAGUGUUAGGCUGCAUUCAUACCAAAUCCGGAGUGGGAGCGUCGCUUAAAAUGACCAAUUUGUGUCUCCAUUGUGUUCCCCAUGGUGCUAGCUUUUAGCCAUGCUGCUAGUAUGCCAGGUCCUACGAGUGUUUCUCUUUCCGUAUCGACGGAUUGAAAAAACACAUUGACUUUCAAUAACUAACCAGGAUGCGAGGCCUAUCAUUACCGAGGGUUUUAAACUGGUGCACAAGGCCAAACUGAGUGACUAUACGUGAAACAUACCGUUACACUCCAUUGUGUUUUUUCUGAAUGCUGGUUACGUUGCUCCUGUUUCUACUUUUCACCAGAGGGUCGCUGCGCUUUUUUCCGGCAUCCACUGCAGUCCACACCGUUGCAGCCUUUACGCAAUACCCACAUUAAAUUAAUGGGAAAACUGGCGCUUCAGCCGCAAUGCCUGAUCUGGUGUGAAUGCAACCUUACAGUGAAAACACACCGGGUGCGUAAGCGUCGCGUAGCACAGCUAUUUUUUGUACAUUUCGGCACCCAUGUUAUCCAAUCUGUCCGUUCAUACCGGGCGUGGAGAGGCCGUGUGGCACCAUGCGCUGCAGCGAUUGCGAACACAUUUCAAAAUAAAACACCUAUGUUCAUGGUGAUUUUGGUUGUCUUGACCUCACAGUGAGACAUGAGAUCAGGCACAUGGAGAGAGAGAGAGACGGACGGACAGAGUCACACACUAGAGAUGGCCCGAUACCACUUUUUUGU